AUGAGCGCAACGUCUUCUUUCCCACCCCUCACCCAUCAUUCCCCGCCACGCAGGCUGCGCUGGACGAGACGACAGCUUGUCGCCAGUUUCGGCGCAUACACUUUCCCUAUCGUACUCGAUGGCAUUUCGGCAGCUCAGUCGCACAAUACCACACGCCAUCCUUUGCGACGUCAAGUUGAGGAAUUGGGACACAUGGCUCGGCUGCCGCAUGCCAUCGGCUGGCAACCCGGUGUUGUCCAUCAACAUCAAGCGCCUGACGAAUCACGAUAUGCGACGCCUUUGAACGAGGCCCCUGCAAGCUGUCGCAGACUCCAAGCACAAAAAACUGGAGACAUCGGCAGUGCAAAGCCAGAACGCGCGCACGGUACGCCUCUUGCCCUGGAGGACCCUACGUCGUCGCAACUUUCUUUUCAGGACUGCCGCGAUUGCGCGGACAUCGACCCCGGGAAGAAGAGUGCGCCCGCCCUCUCUCUCGGCGCGCAAUCGCAUCUCGCGCUGGCAGCGCACUUCUGCCCGGCGCUCAUUGUGGCAUCAUCAAAGAUUAUCAUCGAGGGACGCCAAAAUGCGCGGGAAAGUGCCGAUCCUCCCGGUAGCAUCCAGCGCAACACUCCCCAAAGCAGCAAUCAGCAGCAACGCCAACAACUGGCAGACUGGACUCUCUGGACAGCAAACAAACAAACAAACCUGUUUGGAAUCGACGACGAUUCGUGGCCAUUGGGCCGGGCCACUCUGCAGUGUUCCCGCGUGUAUUGCUCUGGCGGCGGUGGGUGGUGGAUGAACAUGGCAUAG